AUGAAUUGGGCUGUUGCGUUAGGCUUAUGCCUCACAUUAAUCGUAUCCUGGUUGCACUCAGUUGACGCGCUGAGGUUCGAAAUAAAGAGUGGCGAGACAAAAUGUAUCCACGAUGAGAUGGAUAAGGACGAAAUUGUUAUCGGUAACUAUGAGAUAACCGAUGGACCUACCAGCAAAGUUUCCAUCGAGGUCAGGGACAGCAAGCGUCAUACAUUCUUUCAAAAGUCGGACGCCACCAGUGGGAAGUUUACUUUCUCUUCUGAAGUUGAGGACUCUUUUGACGUUUGUUUCCACUGUGUUGGUGCAAGCGGAAUUGUUGAUACACGCGAGGUAUUCAUCGACAUCAAACAGGGCGAUGAGGCCAAGAACUUCGAUGCCAUUGCACAAGCCAAAGAUCUCAAGCCUGUUGAACUUGAACUCAAGAAGAUUGAGUAUUUGACCGAUUCUAUCGUCCGUGAUUUCGUUGCUAUGCACAAGAGAGCCGAUGCCAUGCGUGAUAUCAAUGCCUCUACACAUAGUCGUGUCCUGUACUUCUCAAUGUUUUCCAUCCUCUGUCUGGUCGCGCUUGCAGUUUGGCAGGUUCUCUAUCUUCGAAGCUACUUCAAGUCGAAGAAACUCAUUGAGUAG